CCCAAAGUUCCCGCAGAGAAGAACGCGCAGCCCCGGGCUGGCGGGGUCGAGAGAUGGACGAUGCCCUCAUUGAAGACAUCAUUGACCGCCUGUUGGAUGUGCGGACAGGGCGGCCGGGCAAGCAGGUGGCACUGUCGGAAACCGAGAUCCGGCAGCUGUGCCUCACAGCCAAGGAGAUUUUUAUGAGCCAGCCCAACCUGCUGGAGCUGGAGGCGCCUAUAAAAAUCUGCGGCGACAUUCAUGGCCAGUACUCUGACCUCCUGCGGCUGUUUGAAUAUGGCGGCUUCCCCCCUGAAGCCAACUACCUGUUCCUGGGCGACUAUGUGGACCGGGGCAAGCAGAGCUUGGAGACCAUCUGCCUUCUGCUGGCUUACAAGAUCAAGUACCCCGAAAACUUCUUCCUGCUGCGCGGCAACCAUGAGUGCGCAUCCAUCAACAGGAUUUACGGCUUUUAUGAUGAGUGCAAGCGGCGGUACAACAUCAGGCUCUGGAAGACAUUCACAGACUGUUUCAACUGCCUGCCUGUGGCUGCGCUGGUAGAUGAAAAGAUCUUGUGCAUGCAUGGCGGCCUGUCCCCGGAGCUCAAGUCAUUGGAGCAGAUCAAGCGGAUCCCGCGUCCGACAGAUGUGCCAGACACCGGGCUGCUGUGCGACCUACUGUGGGCUGACCCGGACAAGGAUGUGCAGGGAUGGGGAGAAAAUGACCGCGGUGUGAGCUAUACAUUUGGGCCCGACAGUGUCACAGAGUUUCUGCAGAAGCAUGACCUAGAUCUGAUCUGCCGUGCGCACCAGGUUGUGGAGGAGGGGUACGAGUUCUUUGCCCGGCGCCAGCUGGUCACAAUUUUCAGCGCUCCUAACUAUUGUGGGGAGUUCGAUAAUGCUGGCGCCAUGAUGAGUGUGGACGACACGCUCAUGUGUUCAUUCCAGAUUCUGAAGCCGGCAGAAAAGAAGCACAAGUACAUGUAUGCCAUGAACCCGCGGCCGGCGACACCGCCGCGGGCGUAAUGUAGAUGCGGCCCUUGGAACCGCUGACACAGCAACGGGAGGCGACGCCUCGCCUGCCUCUUUGAUGCACCCGUUCAAGAAUGCCGCGACGCGCCCCGCCCCGCCCCGCCCGAUGUGCUGCUUGCUGUGCCGUUGGCUGCUAUGAUUUCACUCAUCACCCGCUUGGUGCGCUGGUGUUCAACAUGCACUGGCGGAGAGCAGUUACUGCUGUGCUCGUAACAAGGCCCGAAC